GCUGCUUCCAGUGUGGAAAGGCGGAUCUGGUUUCCGGCCCAAACCCGAAGCAUCUCUGUGAGCUGAGAAAGAGCUCUCGUGCCAUGUGCUUCCCUGAGCGCAGCAUGUUCAGCCCUCGCCAAUGGCUCGUGCAGAUUCCCUAGAGCUGAGAAACCUACCAGCCGGACAUGGAACCAGGUCACCGCAUUGGGAAGAAAGCAGAGCAUUUGAGAAUCCAGCCUAUGAGGAGCCCACAGACCUCAUCUUUGAAGAUAAUUUGGGGCAUUUCCAUCAGUGCAGCCCCAACCCUGAGGUAAGGGGGCAACUGGGGACAGGUGAUGCAUCUCCUCACUCAGAGGACAGCCAGGUCCCGGAGACACCCCGCCAUUCUGUGGAUUAUGGUUUCAUCUGUUCCCUUAUUCUUUUGGUCAAUGGUAUAAUUCUGGUGGCCAUUGCUUACAUGAUCCCACGAGAGGUACGUGUCAGUCCAGAGUCUGUGAGUGCCCGUGAAAUGGAGAGACUGGAGCACUACUAUGCCCGCCUGGGCACCCACCUGGACAAAUGUAUCAUUGCCGGCCUGGGGCUGCUGACUCUGGGUGGCACACUCCUCUCCCUGCUCCUCAUGGUUUCCAUCUGCAAAGGUGAACUCUACCACAGGAAACAAUUCCCUGCUCGGGGUCCCAGGAAAACCUACGGCUCCCUAAACCUGCAGAUGAGGCACCUGUCAUCGGAUGGGGGGCAAGUACUGGUGGAACAUGAAGUUCUGCAUCCGACUGGGAAUGGAGCAGCAAAUCAUCAGGCAUCUUAGUACCUGCUGGAUACAGGGGCAGAGGUUACUUAUGAGAGGUCUCCUUAGGGCCACCAACAUGUCAGGCACAUGCUGGAUGCAGGGAGCAUUAUCGCUUUAGUAGGGAUUUUUGGGCUGGAAUAGAUGCCCAGGGCAUGAUUGUACUAUAGCCACUGUAAUGCCAUUGACCCUUGCAAUUCACUCCAUGUCAUCAGCUUCCAGCGCCACCAGCUUCCUCACUCAUAUCCACACUGUUAAAGGGGAAGUACAACUUUUGGGAGCAUCUAUAAAUACAGUCCCUAUGCCGAAAUAAGGAUUCUGCAAAAAGAGGACUGUAUUUAUAUUUCCUGCUACUGCACAUGCCCCACCUCUUCCUGGCCCAUUACCACAAUAUAAAUCAUAUUGCCAGCCAAUAGGGAUAAUGCUCCUGGCUGCAUUGGCAUUAACAGUGCUCAGCCAAGGGGAAUGGCCCUUCAAGGAAAGGACCCAAGAACUGAACUUCCCCAUUAAUUGGCCAUUUAUUGUUCUUACGGGGGGAUGUCUGGACUUUAUGUUAGAGCCAUUUGUGUCAAUACAACUUUUACUUCCAUUUAAAUUAUCUGCUAGUAUGAAGGUAAUAUUCUGAGACAAUUUGCAACUUGUCUUUUUUAUGGGAUUUGAAUGAUUUAGCUGGUUAGAAUUCCAGCAGCUAUCCGUUUGCUAAGGUCCAGUUCCCCUAGUAACCAGGCAGUGCUGUGGGAAAAUCAAUGGAGCCUUUUCAGAGAAAUAGAUGGUCUGCCCUCUAAAAACUGGAAUAAGGCAGAAAAAGAAACAAUUGGCCAAUCUAUAACAUACUAACAGUUCAUUUUGCCUUCAAGUACACAUGUGCUUACUAAUAUUGCAUUGACUAAUUAAAUAUCAUACACUUUCCACCCCAUUAAAUGUCCAAGUAACCCCUCCUACUUGUGAUACCAAGGCACAGCAAGUAAGGGGCAGCAUUAAAAGAUAUGCAGUGUUUGAUGCCAGUGUCUCAAGCCCUUUAUCUCCAUUUGUAUUUGUAGGAUAACAUGCCCAUUUGCUUCCCUGGCCCACUGCCCCAGUACAAGUUAAUUUGCAGGUAGAGGCAAUACACCAUAACCCCUUCUGGAGGCUGUGCCAAGGUACUGAGCACUUGGUGCUACUUGCUCCCCAAUGAAAUAAGCCAAGAAUUCUGUGUGUCUCACUGUAUUUAUUUAUAAUAAAGGAGAAGAACACAAA